AUGCCCCUCGCAGAACACGACGAGAGGCUCCGCCUCGACGCCGACGCCGACGCCGACGCCGACCACCUCGUCACGUCCGAGGACCCGGAGCAUCCCGCCAACCUCAUCCCCUCGCUCUGCGCAAAGUUCUGGACGCUGGGCUGGGUCACCGGCACCGGGGGCGGAUGCUCAAUCCGCGACAAGGACCUCGUGUACAUUGCCCCCUCGGGCGUCCAGAAAGAGCUCAUGAAAAACACCGACAUCUACGUCCUCUCCCUGGCGGCCCAGGAGCCGACGACGCCCGCGAGCCGCCGCUACCUGCGCUCGCCCCCUCGCCACAAGCCGUCGCAGUGCACGCCGCUCUUCCUGGCGGCCUUUGCCCGGCGCGGCGCAGGGUGCUGCAUCCACACCCACUCGCAGUCGGCCGUGCUGGUCACGCUGCUGCUCGAGGCCCGCGGCCCCGGCCGGGACGCCCUCUUCGAGAUCGACAACAUCGAGCAGAUCAAGGGCUUCGCCAGGGGCCCGGGCAAGGCCGGGAGCCUGGGCUACCACGACACGCUGCGCAUCCCCGUCAUCGAGAACACCCCGCACGAGGAGGACCUGACGGAGCAUCUGGAGGCGGCCAUGGAGCAGCACCCGGACACUUAUGCCGUCCUGGUGAGGAGGCAUGGCGUGUACGUAUGGGGCGACAAUGUGCACAAGGCCAAGACGAUGUGCGAGAGUCUUGACUACCUGUUCCAGCUGGCUGUGGAGAUGAACAAGCUGGGUCUUCCUUGGAUCAGUAGUAUCGCGCGCGUGGCGCCUGAUCGAGCAGAGCAGGCCUGA